AUGUCAUUCAUCAAAGAAAAGAACAGCCAUGACUCUCCCCAACAUUCCAUCGUCGAUAAGCCAACGUCGAACUACCUCGAGUCGGCUGGGCCAACCUUCGACAAGAGAAACACUGCUAGGCUCCUCCGCAAACUAGACUGGAACAUCGUUCCUUUCCUCGCCCUCUUAUACCUCCUCUCCUUCCUAGACCGCACCAAUAUUGGAAACGCCCGCUUGGUCGGUCUGGAAAAGGACCUCAAGAUGAAGGGUUUAGACUACAACAUUGCGCUCGCUGUUUUCUUCCCGUUCUACGUUGCGGCGGAAAUUCCAAGUAACAUUAUGAUGAAGAGGACAAGCCCAUCUCUCUGGCUCUGCAUUAUCAUGUUGGCCUGGGGGGUUUGCAUGACAUUGAUGGGCGUUGUGAAAAACUUCGGUGGCCUCCUCGUCGUUCGUUGUGCUCUUGGUCUCGCUGAAGGUGGUCUUUUCCCCGGUGUUACUUUCUACAUUACGCUUUGGUAUCGCCGACAUGAAUGCGGUCUGCGCAUGGCUAUCUUCUUCUCCGCCGCUACUCUUGCUGGUGCAUUUGGCGGCCUUCUGGCUCGUGGCAUUUCCGAGAUGAAGGGUAUCGGCGGCAGGCCCGGCUGGGCUUGGAUUUUCAUUCUAGAGGGCAUCGUGACAAUCUUCAUAGCCUUCUUCGCCAAGUUCAUUAUCCACGACAGUCCCGAGACUGCUCGUUUCUUGAGUGAGGCUGAACGCAAAGAGGUGAAAGAGCGUCUUAAGAAAGAUCGAACCUCUCUCGCCGAUGAAUACGAUAUCAAAUAUCUCAAAUCCGCUCUCACAGACUGGAAGAUCUACGUCCACAUGCUGAUCACAAUCGGUAUUUAUACCCCCCUAUACUCGAUCUCGCUUUUCCUCCCUACCAUCGUCAAGAACAUGGGCUACACCAACAACGCUUCCCAACUCAUGACUGUCCCCCCCUACGUCUUGGGUUGCGUUACUACCAUCACUGCUGGCUACGUGGCAGAUAAAACGAAGAGGCGUGGAAUUUAUAUGAUGAUCUUUUGCGUCGUCGCCAUCCUCGGAUUUGUUUUAUUAAUUUCUACCCGUAAUCCACAUGUGCAAUAUUUUGGUACCUUCUUGGUCGUUUCUGGCAUUUAUCCCAACGUCCCUAUGGGUGUCGCUUGGAACGGCAACAACAUUGGUGGUUCUACUAAGCGCGCUGUUGGUAUUGCCAUGCAUGUCGGCUUCGGUAAUCUUGGUGGCGUUAUCUCUGGAUUCUCAUUUAGGUCCACCGAUGCUCCUCGUUUCUUCCGAGGUCACGGCCUCUUGAUCGGCAUGAUCACCAUGAGCUUCUUCCUCUGUCUCUUCAUGCAUCUCUACCUCGUACGCGAAAACGCUCGCAGGGAUGCAGACAUGGAGAGACUGGGCCUCACACUCGAGUCUUAUUCUGAGGAUCAGAAAUACCAAGAACGCGAAAAGGGUGACAACGCCUCGUUCUUCCGUUACACCGUUUGA